ACGGAGUUAUAGGAAAGUCAUUAUGGAGUAGUUGAUAGAUAGUUUAUUUUUGUCGAAUUCAAAAUUACUUAUGAAAAAUGCACAGAGAUACUUUUUAUCUAUGUGGAUUCGCUUGUUAUGUUGCAUUCUACAAAUUAAUGCCUGGCUUAUCGGACGCGAUACGUGCUAAGAGUUUGUUGAGAGCUAAAUCAGACAAGUACCUACCUCUAGAGUCUAGGAUGCCGAACAUCAAAGUUUUCAGCGGGUCUUCUCAUCCCGAUUUAGCGCAAAGAGUGGUUGAUCGACUUGGGAUUGAUCUGGGAAAGGUGGUCACCAAGAAAUUCAGUAAUUUGGAAACAUGUGUGGAAAUAGGAGAGUCAGUACGAGGAGAAGAUGUUUAUAUAGUACAAAGUGGCAGCGGAGAAAUCAAUGACAAUCUGAUGGAGCUUCUUAUAAUGAUCAAUGCAUGUAAAAUUGCUUCAGCUUCAAGAGUCACAGCCGUCAUUCCAUGCUUCCCCUACGCCCGACAGGACAAAAAAGACAAGGGUGGUAUAGAUGAUGAUUCAAACGUGCCACGGACCAUGAAAUUUGUAAUCAAUGAGUGGAAGUUCAGGAGUCGGGCUCCGAUCUCGGCCAAGCUUGUGGCCAACAUGCUGAGUGUCGCCGGGGCGGAUCACAUCAUCACCAUGGACCUUCACGCCUCUCAGAUCCAGGGCUUCUUUGACAUUCCCGUGGACAACUUGUACGCAGAGCCGGCCGUUCUCAAGUGGAUCAAGGAGAACAUCAGUGAGUGGCGCAACAGCAUCAUUGUGUCUCCUGACGCUGGGGGUGCCAAGAGGGUAACAUCGAUUGCGGAUCGAUUGAAUGUGGAGUUUGCGCUGAUUCACAAGGAGAGGAAGAAGGCCAACGAGGUGGCGUCGAUGGUGUUGGUGGGAGACGUCAAAGACAGAGUGGCUAUCCUGGUGGACGACAUGGCUGACACUUGCGGCACCAUAUGUCACGCGGCAGAGAAACUGAUGGAGGCUGGAGCCACCAAGGUUUACGCUAUCCUUACCCACGGAAUAUUCUCAGGACCAGCCAUUUCCAGGAUCAACAACGCCUGCUUCGAGGCUGUCGUCGUGACAAACACCAUUCCCCAGGAGCAGCACAUGAAGGACUGCCCCAAGAUCAAGUGUAUUGACGUCUCGAUGAUGUUCGCUGAGGCAGUCAGGAGGACACAUAACGGAGAAUCUGUGUCCUAUCUAUUCUCUAACGUUCCUUAUUGAAUACUGUUUUAUAUUAAAACAGUACAAAUGUUAUUAUGUUAAGGAAUAUCAAAUCUCAUCUAAGGUUUACAAAUAUGUACCACUCUUAGAGCAGUGGUCGCUACUUAUUUUUAUACACAAUUUGAAGUUAUUCAAUAUUAUUUAGCCGAAAAAGUUAUUAUUUGUAUUCUAAAACUGUUACGAACAACACAGCGAGCUUCUUCUAAUCAAGCUGUACAUGGAUUAUUGAUAGUGUAUUAUGUUAACUGUGAUUAAAAUGAGAAUGACA